GUCACCCUUACCGGAAGCACACGUGUAGUCGCCCCGGCAACAGCCUCUCCUGCUCCCCGCAUCCUCAGUUUCCCACCGGAAGUAGGUCCCUGCUCGCCCACCGCCCAGGAUCCUCAACUUACGCGCCCUCGAGGAAAUCCAGCUACAGAACUGUGAAAAAAAUGAACGAGUGAAAGAAGAGCAUAGCUGUUUUUGAUCAAAGGUUAUUACAGCAUACUGAGUAGAGUUCCCUGUGCUAUACAUUCCUGUGCUCGUUUGGACUUUCAUUGUUGGAGAUGGCAGCAGAGACGGCCCCCGGGCAAGCUCCCGAGUCUUGGUGCUCCCAUCCCGUCUACGCAAGAUACUGGCACCAUUACCAUCAGGCCAUGGCGUGGAUGCGCAGCCACCAGAGCGCCUAUCGGAAGGCCGUGGAAUCUUUCUUCUCCUCCCCGUGGUACUUCCCCCCCGCAGGCCUUGCCCAGGGGGCUUAUGCCCAGGAGGGCGGGAGUCCUUGGCCCGACUCUGAGCAGCCCCCGGCCCCCGGGGGCUCCCGCCACCGGUACCCGCAUGCGGGUGGGCCUGAGCCGGCUCCGCGCGGCAGAGAAGAGCCAGCUUGGUCCGCGGAGGAGGAGGAGGAGGAGGAGAGCGAGUCCGACGACGGCGGCAUAGAGUGCGACCUGAGCAACAUGGAGAUCACGGAGGAGCUGCGCCAGUACUUCGCCCAGACCGAGCGGCACCGGGAGGAGCGCCGGCGGCAGCAGCAGCUGGAUGCGGCGCGCCUGGACGACUAUGUCAACGCCGACCACGACCUGUACUGUGACACGCGCCGCUCCGCGCUGCCCCCGGCCGAGCGGCCCGGCGAGCGGCGCGCGGCCGAGAUGCGGCGCCUGUACGGGGCCAGCGCCGCCAAGAUCCAGGCCAUGGAGGCGGCCGUGCAGCUCAGCUUCGACAAGCACUGCGACCGCAAGCAGCCCAAGUACUGGCCCGUCAUCCCGCUCAAGUUCUGACGCCCCGCCUGCAGCCCCUGCCCUGGGCUGCCCUCUGCCCUCGCUCGCUCGCCCCCGGUCUUCUCCAGGAAAGGGGAUGCUGACAAAUGAGCAUUCUCACCAAAGUCGAGUGUUUCCCCCCCCCGGCCCGGGAGCAGGGGCAGGGGGAGCGGUGUCAGCCACCUAGAGGGGGCAGGAUGUGCCCUGUGGCCACCGUGAGAUUUUCUUUGGACAUAGGUAAAUCAUAUAUAUCCCCCCUGGUUUUUAAUGUCAAUAAUAGCAUAGAGUUCAUUAAAGUUCUUACUUGGAGAUUC